GACAGUUAAAUAUAUUUGUUUGUUAAAAUGAUGUUUUUUUUUCAAAAAGUUAUAUUGUACUAUUGUAUGUAAAUCAUGGAGGUCAGGGCUACUAAAAGAAAUGUAAAAACACGUUCUAGAUCAUCAAGAAGCUCCUCCCCAAAUCAUACAAUGAUAAAUGGUCGAUUAAUGGGUGAACAUGCCUGUGAUAAUACCCUGCUACAUAUUCCAAAGCCUAUUUUAGUAGAUAAUAAGGGAAGGACUUCUAAACAUAAACCAACAAAGAAAAAUCCAUUUAUUCCUGAAGAUUUUAGCUCGUUAGAAUUUAGUUCGGAAUCUUCGUGUUCCGACAAUCUCGGUUCUGUAUCGCAGCUCGAGCUAUUUAAUGGGUAUUCAGACUGUAGUGAUAGUCCAAAAUCAAAAAUUAUGCCUGAAACAGCUCAUUUAGACCAAAUAUUUUCUUUAGACAGUCGAACAGAAUCUGGUAGAUGCCGCUUUGUUAAAAAAUGUUUGUCUUGCGGCGAUUUAACGAGCAAAGCUUAUUGGUACAGUGGAGAACCAAAUAUCAAUAAAAAUGUGAAAUUGAGUCACCGUGAUGAGCUUAAUUUAAAAUCAGAAUUUCCCACUCAAACAUCAUACAUAAAUUGGAUUGAGAGUUGUAAAAAUGUAGUCGCCCAGUGCUCUUUUGAACUAAAGCUCAAAAAAUCUUUGUCAGAUAGCGAUUUAAUGAACGAACUUUAUAACAUAAAUAAUUAUAAAGUAAAGAAGUCUUCUUCGAUGAUAACUAUCAACCGAAAAUCUUCAUAUGGUCUUCCUGAGCUACUGAAAAGUGCUAAAUCUAUAACUGAUGAUGAUGACACAUGUAUUGGACGUCAACGCGGAACAAAAAUUUCACUAGAAAUGGUUACCAGUAUUCUUGAGGAAGAACUACGUUUUACUGAAAAAGAGUACAAAGAUUGGCUGAGAAGGAGAAACUGGUUUGAGCUUUGUGACAGGCCGCCACGUAAAUUAUCAUAUUUCGAAGAGCUGAAUAGGAAGAACUCGAUAAAAAUGCCAGAAAAACGCGUUCGUUCAUCUUGCUCCAUUUUUAUGUGGACUGUUGGGCUAGCCGCUGGUUGUGUUACGAUUUUAUUUUUGUGGUUUGGCAUCUUUUAAAUAGUACGCAGCUAAUAAAUGUAAAAAUAAAUAUAAUGGUGUCAG